GCCGCGCGUGCAUGUUGCGUGAUCGCGUGCAUCUCCUCAAAACAAAGUGGGGGCGCGCGCACGGGAGCGAGCGGAGGCGCAUGCUUCAUGAAUGAGUCCUCCGCGGUCUGCUCUGUACUGCUAGCACCCCGAGUCGUACAACCACCACCACCACAGCCUCCAAAGGACCACACAUCGGACCCAUCGCCUGCCCGAUGCCCGACAGGGAAAUCCAUCCGUUGGAUCGAGCCUCGGCGAACCACCGAUGAGCCCGGACGGAACCGACCUGACGUCGGAGAUAUAUGCACGCGCCAUCUCGGCUAGAACCAGGCAACAGGACACGAAACGAUGCUGGAUGGCCUCAGGCGGAGGCAUGCCUCCCGCUCCUCGCCCCGGCCACUCUCGCUCAACUUCAGCACUUUCUCGGCGCCUCCCCCGAGCCCGGACUUGGAUGGGAGCAAUGAGCAUCCAAUCAGGAGGACUCUGCACCGGCUGAAGCUGAUGAGCUCGCCCAGCCUUAGCGAGUUGGCCAAGAGCGACAAGGGUUCACCGGAGGACAGAGGCGAGAAGCAGAAGAGGGCCGGCGCCAACGCCACCUGGAACAGCAUCCACAAUGCCGUCAUCGCAGUUUUCCAGAAGAAAGGUUUGGCCGACAAUGAACUUUACGUCCUCAACGAAGGCGUCCGGCACCUGCUGAAGACCGAGCUGGGUUCUUUUUUCACGGAAUACCUUCAGAAUCAGUUGCUGACAAAGGGCAUGGUCAUCCUGAGAGACAAAAUAAGGUUCUACGAAGGUCAGAAGUUACUGGACUCUCUGGCAGAGACGUGGGACUUCUUCUUCUGUGAUGUGCUGUCUAUGCUGCAGGCGAUCUUCCACCCGGUCCAGGGGAAGGAGCCAUCUGUCCGCCAGCUGGCUCUACUGCACUUCAGGAGCACCAUCGUCCUCAGUGUCAAACUGGAGGAUGCCCUGUCUCGGCCCCGAGCACGAGUUCCGCCGUCCGUUACGCAGAUGCUGCUCAUCCUACAGGGAGUUCAUGAAUCACGUGGUGUGAAUGAGGACUACUUGAGACUGGAGUCUCUGGUCCAGAAGGUGGUCUCACCCUACUUGGGGACUCACGGGCUUUACUCUGGAGAUGACAUUGAGGACCACUGCUGUGUUCUGGAGAAGCGCUUCCAGUGGGGCUGGUCCAAGUCUGCCGAGCAUCUGUCCAAGAACCCGGUGGUCCGAUCGAAAAGCUACAACAUCCCGUUGCUCCUGACGCCCGUGGCCGAGUACGACGCCGACUGCGGCUCAGUGGGCAGCGGAGGAAUCCGCCGCCACUCGGCCUGCGAGAUGAUCUCCUGCCUGGAGGAGCAGAAGUUGAACUACGCCGAGCUGGCGGCGAGUUCCGACCUCUCCGGCUCGGCCUCCAACAGGCUAUGCGUAGGCUCGCAGUUCAAAGGCAUGAUGCAGACAGGAGCUACCUCCAUAGAUCUCCCUCUGUCCUCCCCGUCCAUCCUGCACUCGUCGGGGGCUCUCCACGGCACCGAAGCCACCACCACCGUGACCGACCUUGGCAAGGCAGGGUCCUGUUCGCCACCCAGCGAGUCGUCUAGCCCCGAAACCAUCAUCGGACAAGUCCUCCAGUCGGGGGACUCCGACUCGGAUGGGAUAUUCAUCGACUUCCCAACUCAUUCCUCCGAGGCUCUUGGCUACGGCUGCGAGAGCAGGCAGAGCACGGUGUAGCUGCAAGCACACAUUCACACAUACACACACACACACACACGUGCACACACUUAGGAUAGUCAUUGUCAGUACAUUUCAUGGCUUUGAAUUCGUCCUCUUCUCCAUCCAGUCAUGCUGGUUUCAUAAAAUAAUGUAGUUAUAAAAGUUUAAGGCGUGAAAACAAAACAAAACAAAAAAAAAAAACUAUAGUGGACUCCCGUUUAUCGAUACAUUCAAGACCCUCCUCCCAUGUGAAAAUCCCCAAUACAGGGACCAUAAAAAAAGACUAUUUUCAACCCCUCUCACACAUUUUAAACAUAUCAAUUUAAACAUAUUACAACACAAUUUUGAAAUGAUUCCUUAGCACCUUCUCUCACUUUCUUGUUGUCAAGAAACGAGAGGUUAUCAUAUAACAUCACUUUGAGGAAACAAAAGGAAGACUCACUCACACAGUUCUCCAAAUAAGAAGGCAAGUGUGCUAGCUUCAAGCGGUUUUGUUUUACAUUCUCAUUUAUCCAGACACAAGCAUUGUUUACAGUAUAUAAACUGCAUAACAUUCAACCGAACCGUAUCGUUCCAUUUUCUGAAAGUCCGCUAUCUUAACGGUAACAUUAAUACAAAACACUAUAGAUUGGCUAAAUAAAAUGAUCAUAGAUGCUGCGCUAAUCGUUGUAAACCUAGCAACUGCUACUUUAACACCAGAGGUGGACAGUGUCAGUCCGGUCAGUUCGUCAGUGAGCUGCCAUCAGUUUUUCUCAACGCCGAUUGGCUGUCACCAAUGAGGGACGGACAGGGUCCAUCUGGGCCUGCCUGAAAUAUUGAUGGAAACAGUGAUGGAGGGACUGACGGAAAGCCCACCUCUGAUUAACUCACUCGGAGCAGGAAAAUGUACAAAGCAUUACUUGCAAGCAUAUACAAUAUUCUCUCUGCUCUGUUGGACUAUUACACAGCUUAGUAGGGAACCUUCUCUGCCUCUUCUUCUUGCUGUUUGUCACGCUGCAUGUCUUCGAGUAAAACUCAGUGCUGCCCGGCAUGUUGUGGCACAAUGUGGUACGACACUGAAAGUGUGCAACUUGAAGUUCAGCCUUGCCUGUAUGUAAAAAUCCAUUCAGAAAAAAAAUCAUUGCGAUAAAACAGGGCAGUGAACACUUAACUGCGAUAGAGCGGGGGUUCACUGCAUUUCAAGAAAAGAAUACUCAGACCUCCACCGAGGUUAAACUCUUAACAAAUGACCAAAAAUGCAAUGAUUGUUUAUUUAUGCGUUAUGUCUAUGUGUACAAGAACAUUACCGUCAAAAUUUGCCACAAAACCUUUGGGAGAGCUGCAGCAUGGUCCAAAGAUGUAACCACAUUUUGAUGCAGAUCUAGAUAAAGAUGCGGGCGGUCACUAGGCCACUGAAAUGCUUGUAUCUCCAAUAUUUGCAUUUCCCUGAGCCGAACUUUUGGAGAUAAUUGCUUUUUGAAAAGAAGCAACAUUCAGAUAUACACUCUUUAAAAAGAAAGGACAUGUAUGCUUAAACAAAAACACUCAAAAAGAAUAUUCAUCCAUCCAUUUUCUAAUCUGCAUAUCCUCACGAAGGUUGCGGGUGUGCUGGAACACACAGCUGUCUUCGGGCAGUAAGUGGGGUACGCCCUGAACUGGUCGCCAGCCAAUCGCAGGGCACACAUAGACGAACAACCAUUGCCGCUCAUACUCACACCUGGGGACAAUUUAGAGUGUUCAAUCAGCCUGCCAUGCAUGUUUUUGGAAUGUGGAAGGAAACCUGAGUACCCGGAGAAAACCCACGCAAGUCCGGGAAGAACAUGUAAACCCCACACAAGGAGGCCGGAGCUGCAAUUGAACCCGGUACCUCUGCACUGUGAGGCCGACAUGCUAACCAGUCGCCCACUGCGCCCAAAAAGAAUU